AUGCCGCCUUGUCCUCGUUGUCAUCGUCACGAUCAUGUUAUUGAUGUUGAUGAUGAUUAUAGUCAUAAUGCUCCUAGUGGUUUUAAUGAUGAUCUUGCUGCUUAUGGUUAUGCUUAUGCUGCUGCUAAUACUCCGCAUGAUGAGAGUGCUGAUUAUUAUGGUGCUAUUGCUGCUCGUCUUCUUACUCGUUUUGAUCCUUCUAUUCCUCUUCGUCUUCGUGGUGAUAAUGGUUAUAUUGGCGAAAACACAAGGUUUUGUUUUUUUAUUGUUGAAGGAUGCGAUGAUUUUUAUGUCUGCGACUACAGACAUUAA